AUGUGGUACGGCUCUACCAGUAUUCUGUUGAGUGUUUGGCUUACAAGGGUGAUUGCAGGAUACAAGCCCUUUAGUUCGACAAUCUCUGAAACUUCGGAUCCUAGUUCCUCAUCCGCUAGACCGCGUACGAGGUUUCAGUCGUCAUAUGGUACAAAAGCUAUUUAUGAUCAGUCUAAUGUAGAUAUGAGUAGUGACGACGAUCCUGACGAAUUUGACUACCAUAAUGACAUUGGUAGUGUUGAAAGUGAUGAACCUUCGUCUCGGAUUAGUGGUGACGACGUUCCUUUGGUUCCGACAGAUUUCUCUUCAGUAUCUGAAGCUAUUAGUAACUUCAAUACAGUAUUUGAGUCCAGGCCAACGCAUAGUAUGUUAAGGUAUGCUGCCAUUCAUCCUACGUUUUAUGUUGGAGAACUUCGAAGUGCUGCACGAGAAGCAUUCGAUGCUCCAAAUAGGCCAAUAGCAGAGCGUCGACCUCUUGUUAUUUAUUUGCAUCACGACAAGUCUAUUGCAUGCAAUAUUUUUGCAAGAGACGUUCUAUGUUCUGGACAAGUGACAGCAUUGUUAAAGCGUCAAUUUGUCCUCUGGGCAUGGGAUGUAACUCAACGAGAGAAUAAAUUAAAGUUUCUGGAAUGGAUGGAACAACUUGGUGUAAGGGAUGCGAGGCCAACUAUUGAUAGGACGCCAAGUGAUCGUUUCCCCUUGCUUCUAGUCCUCAUGAAGGAUAAAGGGGUUAUUCAAAUUUUCGAUAUUGUUUACGGUGUUGAUAACCCUGAAACUGUGGUUGAUAAAUUAAUGACCGGUCUGAAUAGCUACCAACAGAUAAAGAGCGCAGACGCUAUAGUAGAAAGAGAACGUCUUGAAAGGGAACAGAUUAUAAAGCAGCAAGCGAAAGAGUACGAAGAGUCUUUGGCUGCUGACAGAGCGAAAUCUCAGCGUCUGGAAAGGGAGCGUAGAGAAGAGGAGGAAAAGGAAAAAGCGCGGUUACAUGAAAAACAAAUGAAGUUGAAGAAUGAGGCUAGACUAGCUGCCUCAUUGCCUCCGGAGCCAUUAGCCAGUGAUCGUAAUGUUGUUCAUGUGCGUAUUCGUUUUCCGAGAAGUUCUGAGGACGGGGAGCACAAAGUUGAGCUAAGGAGGUCUAUUUCGUUUCUUUCUCUACUCGCAUUUAUAACGAAUCUUGCAACUUUUAUAGAGUCAAAAGGAUAUAGUCUUGAACAUCAUAGGAUAUGGACUUCUGACUUUCCGAAAAAGGACAUGGCGGCCAGUUAUGAUCUCGAUCGGUCUUUCGGGGAUCUCAAAUGGCCUGUUCGUGAACAGGUUAUUGUCGAUGAGAAAUUGUAA